AUGCAGGCAUUCCAAAAAGGCUCUCCUAUAGCAGCAGAUGUCUCUGAAGCAAUUCUAACCCUAUCAGAGAAUGGAAGACUCCAAGAAUUGGAAAAGUUCUGGCUGGGUUCCUCUGUAAAUUGUUCAAACUCUGAUGAAACCACCGAAACUGAGAGUUUGGGCCUUGAGAGCUUCUGGGUUUUGUUCCUCAUUUCUGUUGUCACUUCCACCAUUUGCUUUCUUCUUUUCCUUCUCCUUCAUUGGAGGAGUCAUCGUCAUCGCCAUGGGGCGUCUGGAGGCAACGUAACUACGAGUGGUAACACUGUUUGGGACAAGACUGUUAGACUGGCUCGGAGCUUUCACACUGGACGGCCGAGUUUGCUCAGGGGAGAGCCAAAUGUGUAUGAAUGGGGCUCUUCAAGGUGGGAGUUAGUGAGUCCUUCGGACAUUUCACAAGGUUUUGAAGCCUCUAAACCAGCUGAAAUUGAAAUUCCCGUUAGGACUUGA